ACCAAUCCGUCUCCUCUCCCCUGCUCUCGCCAUCGCACGCACGCGCACACCAAUCUCCCUCGCCAAGAUCCAUGGCGGCUGCGAGCGGACACGGGGUCGUGGCGGCGGAGGAGGAGUUCAGCGAGCGCGAGCUGGAGGUGGCCGCCAUUCUCGCUGACCUGCCGUCCAUCGUGCGGGCGCAGCGCCGCCGCCACCGCCGCCUCGAGAAGCAGCAGCAGCAGCAACGGCCAGAGAUCCCCACCUGGGGCCGGCGCCGCCCGAGGAAGGCUCCUCCGGCGGUUCAGCCGGCGGACAAGCCCGCGGCGGCCGCUGCCGAAGACGACCGUGGCAGGAGGGACGGCGCCGCCAGCCCGGACACCCCGCUCGCCUUCCCCGACGACCACCACGACGCCGACGACAAGGCGGCGGCGCACGACGAGUGGGCGCAGCAGCAGCGCGGCGUGGUCGCGAGCUUGUCCCACGAAAACGCACAUCUGCUAAAGCAGAUCGAGGAGUUCAGAGCCCGGCUGGAGACCUCGCGGAGCACCAACGAGAGCCUCAGCCAGAUGCAGCAGCAGAGCAAGCACAAGAAGCGGCACCGGCAGCCAUCUUCCGAGGAAGAAGACGAGGAGCGGAGGAGGCCGAAUCUGCAGGCGCGCAUCGUCGCCGACCGCCCGGCGCUGGACCUGAACGAGCCGGCGGAGGCGGACGCCGAGGACGCCAAGCCGGAGGCCGUGGCGGCGCAAUGGUUCUACCGUGAGCACCAGCAGCUUGUGCAGCAGAAGGCGGCGCUGACUGCGGCCGCGCGGCGGCGGCGGCGGGAGAUCCGGCGCGCCAAGGCCUCCGGCUCCGGGGCGAGCAGGACGCGGCGGCCAGGAUAAGGAUAGGGCGGCUGGGCCACAAUGGCCAGCGCACGCAAAGUCGAGAUUUUUUCCAUUUCUCGUUGAGGCGUGCUAGUUACUAGAUCGAGACUGCGACAAGAUGGUUUUGGUUGUGUUGGAGUUUUGCGAGCUGAGUUUUCCAUGGACGAGCUGCGCGAGGUAGCAAAGUUAGCAACAGAAAGAGCAGCAGCAGUAGUAGUAUAGUAUACUAGUAUAGUGGUGGUAUUCCAGCUAAGCUGUACUCAUCUGUUGGCAAUUAGCCAACAACAAUUUCAAUAUAUUAUUACAAAAUAGAGUAUUAUUUCGCCGAUA